GUGAAUAUGCCGCAGCUGGGCGUCUGAGCCUGUUGUGGCAGAGCAGUGAAUACGGCUAACGAUGAUUCCACGUGUUUUGUACUCAGGCAUUUUAUGGGUUUGUUCUUGUCUCUGGUUGUGCAACGCGGACAGUUAUGUUCUGGACGAUAAAAUUGGUCUGGGAAGGCAGUUCGAUGGCAUUGGUGGUUUAAGCGGCGGUGGGGCAACGUCGCGUCUUCUUGUAAAUUACGCUGAACCGUAUCGUAGCCAAAUAUUGGACUACCUCUUUAAGCCUAACUUUGGGGCCUCAUUACAAAUUCUGAAAGUUGAAAUUGGAGGAGAUGCACAGACAACAGAUGGCACGGAGCCUUCGCAUAUGCACUACGAAAACGACGAAAACUACUUUCGCGGUUAUGAGUGGUGGCUGAUGAGAGAAGCUAAGAAGAGGAACCCAAAUAUCACACUCAUUGGUUUACCCUGGGCUUUUCCUGGUUGGGUUGGACACGGGACGAACACGCCGUUUGAAUACCCAGAUAUCACGGUUUUCUACGUUGUUACCUGGAUAAUUGGGGCUAAACAGUACCACGACCUGGAUAUCGAUUAUAUUGGGAUAUGGAAUGAGAGGAAAUUUGAUAGCAAAUACAUUAAGCUCCUGCGAUACACCCUGGAUAAGAGCGGUUUGGAAAGGGUUAAAAUCAUAGCCAGCGAUAACCUGUGGCAGCCCAUAUCCCUUUCCCUGCUGCUCGAUCCAGAACUGCACAAAGUGGUUGAAGUUAUUGGGGCACAUUACCCAGGGACCAACACCGUCCUUGACGCACUGAAGACAGAGAAGAAGCUCUGGUCUUCAGAGGACUACAGCACCUACAAUGAUGAUGUUGGCGGGGGCUGUUGGGCCCGCAUCCUCAACCAGAACUACGUCAAUGGCAGGAUGACCUCCACCAUUUCGUGGAACCUGAUUGCCAGCUAUUAUGAGGACCUCUCUUUUGGACGGAACGGGCUCAUGACAGCGGAGGAGCCGUGGAGCGGGAACUAUGUGGUGGAGUCCCCCAUAUGGAUUACCGCGCACACCACCCAGUUCGCCCAGCCUGGAUGGACGUAUCUGCAGACCGUAGGGCACCUGUCGCAGGGCGGGAGCUACGUCGCCUUAACGGACGGAAAGGGAAACCUCACCGUCGUCAUUGAAACCAUGACUCAUGAUCACUCGAUCUGCAUAAGACCUCCACUGCCUGCCUACAAUGUCUCCGCCCAGAAUGCCACAUUCCAGCUGAAGGGAUCUUUUGGUUCUAUUUCUGCUCUCCAAGUGUGGCACUCCAAGUUUGAUUUCAAAACUAAAAAUCCCACUUUCUUCAAGCAGCUCAGUCCCAUGAAGAUUUCUGAUGGCACUUUCACCUUGGAGCUGGACGUGGAUGAGGUUUACACCUUGACAACCUUAACUACAGGUGUCAAAGGGAGCUACCCUGCACCACCAGCCUCCACGCCCUUCCCAAAAUCGUACAAAGAUGACUUCAAUGUCCGUAACCCUGCCUUUACAGAGGCGCCCGACUUCGCAGACCAGACGGGCGUGUUUGAGUACUACAUCAACCUGACUGACCCUGGGCCCCAUGUGUUCACCCUGCGGCAGGUGGUCACCCAGCGGCCGGUCACCUGGGCCGCCGACGCUGACCAGACCAUCAGCGUCAUCGGAGACCACAACUGGCAGAACCUGACUGUGACGUGUGACGUGUACAUUGAAACGCCGAAGACAGGAGGCGUGUUCAUCGCAGCACGGGUGGACAAAGGGGGAGAGUCGGUCAGAAACGCCAAGGGGGUCUUCUACUGGGUGUACGCAGACGGCACUUACAAAGUCACCAAUGACCUCCGUGGACAGACUGUGCUGGCGGAGGGCCAAUCUGGAACAAGAGCUGGGGUUUGGCACACGUUAACCCUCACCAUAGAGGGCCAGUAUGCCUCGGGAAUGCUAAAUGGAUAUCCCUUAUGGAAGAACGCAGUCGUCCUGGAGCCCAAGAACGGGUGGGCAGCCAUUGGCACACAGACCUUCGAACUGGUGCAGUUUGACAACUUUUCAAUAGAGGCUAAGUCAUAGUGACUUUACAUCGCAGAAGGGAGACACUAAUUAGCGAGGUGUCACAAGAUUUGCCCAUCACUUUUUUUCCCCUCAGUUUUCUCGAGCAUCAUGUUGUGAUUACUGCUUCUAUUUGGCUUGGGUUGUGUGGCAUUUUCAACUUGAGUUCACCAGGAAUUACAUCUUGAGGCCAUUCCCUGGCAGAGGUGAAGUUGUGAUAUAGCUGUUGAAGUUGUUUCAGACUACACUGGUAUUGACCAGCUAAAAUGUCGCCAAGAUUUUCUUAAUACAUAUUGUAAUAUUGUAAAUGUUGCUGCCAUUGAUAUUGACCUGUAUGAAAUAACUAAUUAUUUUGUGCCUUCUUUCUGAUUAAUUUCAUACUUACGUUGUGAAGCCAAAAUCUUUUUUUUUUUCCUUUCUUGUAACCAAAGAGAUGCCUUGCCGCUGUCAAGCUAGAAAAAAGGUUGAUUUUUCAGUGAAGGG